GUCAAUUUCACUGACCAGCUUUGCCAAUUGCCAUCAAGUGGGCCUCCAAAAUGGCAUUCCCCGUAGCUCUACCUGACUGGAGCAACCUGGCAGUGCUGCAUACCAAUGCACUACCAGCCCGAGCUCACUUUUACUCGUACGCAUCCGAGACUGCUGCUCUCACCUAUGAUCGGUACCAGUCCGAGUACUCCAGCCUGAAUGGCACAUGGAAAUUCAACUACGCCGCGAGCCCAUUUGAGGCACCCCCCUUCGAGCCAGCAAACACGGCCUCAUGGGUAGAUAUCGAGGUGCCGGGAAUGUGGCAGCUCCAGGGGUAUGGGCAUCCACACUAUACCAACAUCAAGUUCCCGUUCCCAGUCACGCCGCCCAACGUCUCGUACAUCAACCCGACCGGCUCCUAUUUUCGUGAGUUUGAGGUGCCAGACGGGUGGGACGGCCAGCAGAUCCGACUACGCUUCGAGGGCGUCGACAGCGCGUUUCACGUGCAGGUGAAUGGCCAACCGGUCGGCUAUAGCAACCUGGGCAGCCGCAACCCGAGCGAGUUCGACAUUACACCUUACCUCAACGGCGGCGGAGAGACCAACAACGUAUCGGCCAGGGUUUAUCAGUGGUCGCACGGCACGUACAUUGAGGACCAGGACCAGUGGUGGCUAUCUGGGAUCUUUCGGGACGUCUAUCUUACCCCGUUUGCAAACUCGUCCAUUGUGGAUUUCCAGGUGCAUCCGGAGCUUGAUGCAGACCUUACCACCGGCACCCUGCGUACCGCAGUCAAGAUACAGGGUGAUGACGGGCCUCUCACGAUCAAACUCCUAGGCCCAGACGGCAACUCUAAAAUCGGGGAAUGGAACGGCACCUCGUCCCAAGUCAGCAACGCCAACUUUACCGUGACCGGCGAUGACCUACACAUCUGGUCCGCCGAGACGCCCAGCCUGUACACGGCGCUAAUAACCUUCAACGGGCGGACCAUCAGCCAGCGCCUCGGGUUCCGGCGCAUGGAGCGCAGCGGCGACGGCUCGACCUUCCUCGUCAACGGCAAGCCGAUCAAGAUCUACGGCGUGAACCGGCAUGAGCACCACCACCUGUACGGGCGGACAGUACCGUACUCCGCGCUCCGCCACGACCUGCUCGUCAUGAAGCGGCACAACAUCAACACGAUCCGAACGUCACACCAGCCUCCCCAUCCAGACUUUUUCGACCUGGCCGACGAGCUCGGGUUCUAUGUCAUUGCCGAGGCGGACCUCGAGUGCCACGGCUUCGGCGACAAGGGCAGCGACGUGCCGGCAGAGUCGUACACGACCGACAACCCGGAGUGGCGAGACGCCUACGUGAACCGGGCCGAACAGCUGGUGAGACGGCUGAGAAACCACGUAUCGGUGAUAUUUUGGAGUUUGGGAAACGAGUGCUUCAUGGGCCAAAACAUGUUCGCCAUGGCCGAGUGGAUCAGGGCAACGGAUCCGACGCGGCUCAUUCACUACGAGCAGGAUUAUGAGGGUGUCCUGGCCGACGUCCACAGCCGAAUGUACUCGAGUCCGCAGUGGGUUCGGGAGUGGGUCGUCAACAAGACGGACAAGCCGCUGAUUUUGUGCGAGUACGCCCACGCAAUGGGCAACGGCCCUGGUUCUCUAGUCGACUAUAUCGCCGCCUUCCGAUCCAACGUCCGCGCUCAAGGCGGCCUGAUCUGGGAGUGGUCCAACCAUGGACUUCUCAAGAAGGAGGGCGACCUUGAGUACUAUGCAUACGGCGGAGACUUUGGCGACUUCCCCAACGACGCAGAUUUUAUCAUGGAUGGCCUGAUGCUGUCGGACCACUCACCCAUGCCCUCCAUCUUUGAGUACAAGAAGGUCAUCCAGCCAAUGGUUGCGGUUUGGGCCGGCGAAGGCUCCGCCUCGGGCCAGAUCGUCAUAACCAACCACUACGGGUUCGUCGACUCUAGCCAUCUUGAGGCGAGUUGGCAUGUUGUUCAGGAUGGCAAAAAGACGGAGCCUGUGGUCUUUGAUGUGCCCGCCGUGGCAGCUGGGGACAGCCUAACAAUCACCACACCGCUCGACAACAACCAGCUCGAAGCCGGCGAAGCCUUCCUUGUUCUCGAGUUCCGCCUAGCAAAGGCCACAAACUGGGCAGAACAAGGCCACCUGGUCGCUUGGGAUCAAUUACACAUCCCUCCCGGGGAAGCAGCAUCCCACAAAAGCCGACGUACCAGCCAGAGCCACAGCGCCUACAAGCCCAGGGCGCAGGAUAUCAUGAGCCUGCGCCAAGCCGACCCAACCUACAACGGAACGCAUCUCCAAAUAACCGCAGGAUCAUCGACCUUUGGCUUCGACCUGCUGCGUGGCAACGUUACAUGGACCGUCGACGGCAGCUCGUCGAUCCUGCAGCGCGGGCCGGAGCUCUACUUCAUCCGCGCGUCGACGCAAAACGACGAAGCUGGCGGGGGUGACGGCCGUGUGUUCUGGGACCCAGCGCGCGUUUAUGAGCUGCACCCUCAAGUGCGCGACGUGCGCUGGCAGCAGGGCGAGGAUGGCGUCACGACGGUCCACUACAAGAUCCGCGUCGCGCCCAAGGUCUUUGUGUGGGCCAUCGACGCCGACGUCGUCUACACGAUCGACCCCCAGGCCGAUGCGGAAAUCCCAUCGCUGAUGAUCCAAGCUUCGGGUUCAUUUGACAACGACAAGAACUUCGAGCUCGAGACUCUCCCGCGCAUCGGGCUCCUGGCGUGGCUCCCCGCGGCCUUUGACGAUGUGGCAUGGUUCGGGCGUGGACCAAACGAGACGUACCGCGACAGCAAGCAGGCAGGGAGGUUUGGGAACUGGAACGCGACCGUUGAUGAGCUGUACACCGUCUACGACUACCCGCAGGAGAACGGCAACCACGAGGACACGCGGUGGGUGUCGGUGGGCAACGCGGGAGAAGGGUUGGUGCUGCGAGCUAGCAUGGUGGACAGCGACGGCAAUGGGAACAGCCGCAACGACGCCCAGGGUGAGACGUUUGCCUUUCACGCGGGGAAGUACAUGCCCGAGGACCUGAACCGGGCCAAACACCCGCACGAGCUGAAGAAGCUGGAUGUGACGGUGCUGAACCUGGAUUACCGUGGGAACGGGUUGGGAUCUGCGACCGUCGGGCCGAGGCCGUUGGAGCAAUACAAAUGCAAGCCUGGGCCGUUUGACUUUACAUUCAGGUUGGAGGUGUUGAAAGAGUGAUGCGAUUACUUGUGGUGUCGUUGGGUUCCUGUGGUUCAAUUGAAAUCUUGGAUUUUCUGGAUGCACGACGAGGCUUUGGACCAUUCAGGGGAUUCUGGUUUAAGUGGUUCCUGUUUUAAGGUGGGGCAAUUGAUCUUGAAUUUUGUAACGUUUAACAAGAAGGGAGCAGCAGGUCGUCAUUCUAUGAGAUCAAAGCGGCCAGCAUCACUUCAU